AGUCAUAAACAGAUUAAAGAAAGUCAGAACCAAUCAGAGCGAGAGAUCGGAGAUCAGAGAUGUCGUCGUCUCACGGGAACGAUCCGCGUAUGCCAGCGGCGGCUCGGCCAUAUGUGGCGCCGGCGGUGGCGCCGCAAGACCUUCCGAUAGACUAUGCCGGCUUCAUCGCCGUCAUAUUCGGCGUCGCCGGCGUCAUGUUCAGGUACAAGCUAGGCUCAUGGCUCGCUCUCAUAUUCUGCGCCCAAUCCGUCGUCAACAUGAGGAACGUCGAGAACGAUCUCAAGCAAGUCAUGAUGGCUAUGAUGUUUUCGUUAAUGGGAUUGUUAACAAAUUAUUUUGGACCUCCCAGACCCAGCAAGCAAAGUUGAGAUCGCAAGUUUGAGGUAGAAAUGAUCCUUUCCUCAGGUGUUGUCAGGUAUUAACCAACAAACAUCGAAGAAGUUUAGUCAUUUCCCGUUUCCGGUAGCUUUUCAAUUUGCUAUAUUGAAUAUGCUUGAGAAGACUCAAGACUAGUGUAUUUCUAAAUUUUGGUGUUUUUAGCAUUGAGCAGUAAAAUAUAUAUUAGAGCAUUUUCAAUAGUUUGUUUUUAGAAUAUUAGUUUUGAUACUUUCAAAAAGUGAAUUGACUUAGAAUUAAAAUCUGCAUUGGAGUUGAUUAAUUGGAGUUGAUUGAUGAAAUGAAACUAGUAUCACUUUAGAGAUAAAGUAUCACCUUAAUAGAGAACUAAUAAAAUUUUGUUAUUCGUA